AUGACCAGCACUAUGCCCGUCACGAGGACAGAGGCACCUCCCAGGUUCCAUUGCAACGAGCCCGGCUGCGAACUCACCAAAUUUUCCACUCAAUCCAAUCUCAACAGGCACAGCCAGUCCAAGCACGGCAUAGCGGUUCAGAUGCCCUGCGGCAAAAGCCUACCAAACCAUACGUCGAACACGAAGCGCCACCAAAAGUCAUGUCGGAAAUGUUGCCCGGCUCCGGAGCAGCUCCCGAAGUCGACCCCCGAUGAGCAAAGCAAGUUCAAGUCGCCUACCAGUGCAACCGCCAAUGCCACUGGGCUGCCAAGCUUCGAUGGGACCUUCGACGGCUAUUCGGAAUACCUCGGCGACAUGUACAAUCUGGAAGAGCGCUUUAUGUUUGAAAGUUUUUAG